CCGCCCGCGCUGGGCUCGGCCCCCGCCUGCCCGUGCGGGGCGGCUCCGGGCGGCCGGCGACACAGUGGAGGCAGCCUCCCCGCGGGCCGGGCGAGGCCGGGGCUGGGCCGGUGGCAAGAUGGGGCUGGAGCUGUACCUGGACCUGCUGUCGCAGCCCUGCCGCUCCAUCUACAUCUUCGCCCGGAGCAACAACAUCCCCUUCGAGUUCAAGCACGUGGAGCUCUUCAAAGACUCGGUGCUGGGGAAGAAGCCGGCGGCGGGCAGCGGCGCGGAGCAGCCCCGCGCAGGGUCAUCAAAUAGUGAAGGAGCUGGCAAAGUCAGCCUCUUGAAGAAAGUACCAGCAUUAAAGGACGGAGACUUCACCCUGGCAGAGUGCACUGCCAUUCUGCUGUAUCUGAGUCGAAAGUACAACACUCCUGACCACUGGUACCCAUCAGACAUACAAAAACGGGCCCAGGUAGAUGAAUACCUCUCGUGGCAUCAUGCUAACAUCCGGGCUAAUGCUCCUAAGACCAUGUGGAUCAAGGUGCUGAUUCCCCUCUUUACAGGGCAGCCACUGCCCUCCGAGAAGCUCCAGGAGGUUAUGGAGGGGCUGUCCACUUCCCUGAAGCAAUUUGAGGAGAGAUUUCUGCAGGACAAGGCUUUUAUCAUUGGGAGCGAGAUCUCUCUGGCAGAUCUUGUGGCCAUUGUGGAGCUGAUGCAACCUGUUGGAGUUGGUUGUGACAUCUUUGAAGACAGACCUAGGCUGAUGGAGUGGCGCAGGCGGGUGGAGGAUGCUGUGGGGAAAGAGCUUUUCUUCCAAGCCCAUGAGAUGAUCCUCAAUAUCAAAGAACUGAGCAACAUUCAAAUUGAUCCACAGCUGAAAGAGCAUCUGGCACCUGUGUUGAUGAAGAUGUUGAAAUGAAUUAACCUAUCUUACCAUUUUUGCCGUCCUUUUUUUUUUUUAAAAAAAAAAACAAACCAAAACCUCUCUGACCUUCAAUUCUACAUGUAACUGGAAAAAGCACUGUAAUUCUAACAGAAAUUGCAGAGUGUUUCAGCCCCUGACAGGCCUUUCCUGUAUCUUCGUGGGUAGAAGAUGGGGAAAGUUUAAGACCUGAAACAUUAAAUUUAUACAAAAGACAAGGCCCUACAAGUCACUUAACACGUGAAUGUGGGUUUUAUUUCAGCAUCAGCCUUUUCAGAGAUACAAAUGGUAUUUUCUGAGAAAAUUUGAGCCAGCCUGCAAACUUGGAAACAUUAGAGAACUGUAUAGGAUGAGUGUUGUUUUCAUGUGUUUUUAACAUGUGAAGCUCCUCAAGUGGUAAGCACUGGAAAGUAUGCCUGAUCCUCACCUUCCCAGCACGUGUCUGCACAGACAAGUACAGCACAAAACUACAGGCAGUCACAAAAGUGAAAAAAUACAUUGUUUUUUUUUUUUUUAAUUUUAAAGUUUCUUAUUGCUGAGGCAUUUUGCUUAUCUCUCCAUGUACAUUCCUCAAUUCUUCUAUUUGCCUAUAGGUUCCUGUGAGAAGUUUCUUCAUCUACAGCCGUGAAUCUUUGUAAUUCUUCAGUUUAACCAUUACUCUGAAUUUUUGAAAGCAGCCUGGGCUUUGUUGGUGCUCAAUCUGCCAGUACAUGUGGCAGAGGCAGUUCUUGGAGGUAAAGACCCAAGCAACUUCAAAAUGCUGAGGGUGGCCACAGCCUUCAAAUAACUGCCUACCUAAAGUACUCUGAUGUUAUAUAGGGAAUACACUGAAAGACUGCAUUCACAUUGAUUUCUUGAAAUACAACAGCAACUAAAUUUUUGUUUUCUGCAGCAAUACUGUAAUAGCAAUCUACUUUUCUCCUAGAAAACGCAGAGGAGGAAUAAAUACAGUCAUGCUCUUAGGAGACUGUUUUGGAUGGAUGUUUACCAAGUAAGUCACCCUGUGGAGCUGAAGUAAUAAGAGAGAUGUUGUGGCAUUGAGCAACACAUGCAUCACGAUAAAAGGGCAGAGAGUUGUUCUGGAGCUUUUGGGCUCUUUUUCUUGGCCGUAUUUAUUUCUAGUUAGCAGUAGCUCAGGUACAAAGCCUUUCUGUAAUGCAGAACAGUUUAUGAGGUAAAACUGAGAGAAUCCAACCAUUUCUAGUUUCUACAGUUGAAAAUAGCAAAUUGUAAAGGAUAAAGAAACUGGUGGAAUAUAUAUAUCUUCAUAUUUUUACUCAUAAGUAGUUGUUGCCCUUGAACCUUACGCUGAAAUCCUUGCCCAGGAACACAUCCUGUGAGGAAUCAGACAAAAUGAGUAAAUAAUACAGGAAUUGCUUCUCUUGCUAAUCAGAUAGCUUAAUUUCUUUCCAGUACUACCAUGUCUUGGCUGGUGAUGUUUCUGCUGGUAAGUUCUAUAAAACCUGAUGUGUUCUGGUGAUGUUUUUCAGUAAGGUUUCAGUUCUAGAUACUACUGAUUUAGUCCAGAGCCUAGGGAGAUCUUUAAAUUCCCUAUCUGGAAAGAGAUUUCCAUUGUAUACUUCAGCUUGCAUUAGUAGGAAAUUUUGUUAUGUGAUUAUGUUCUAUAUAAAGACGAGACCUGACUGAAGGCCCUCUCUUUUCAUGAACCAAAAAUAUUAGAAACAGGCACACAUUUAUUCCCACCCUUGCUUUCUUCCCAAACAGUAGCUGAAUAGUAUGAUAAUAGUAAUUAUGUUUUAUUCACAAAAUGCUGUCUACAACUGAGUUAAAUUUUAAAUGGGAAGUGGUUGAUUUUUUUGAUAAUUUUGAAAGUGGAAUUGCUAAGUGGAUGAUGACGUGUAAAUGUCUGCAGGAGGGAAAAAAACUACCAUUAUUUUCCAAAGGCUGAGCAUGUUUGAGAGUACUUGUUGCUGUGCUGUCCUCUCCUGGUUGUAUGUCCAUCCCCCUGCAAGCACUUUAGUUGCCUGCUCCAAGACAGAAGCAAUGAACUGAAUGCCUUUGAUUAAAAAACCUCUGGUUAAAAACUCUGUGAGGCUGUGAGCAAUCUGCCAUUCACAUGGUGAACCAUCAAGAGUGAUGGACAACACAUCAUUAAAGAUGUUUGUGACAGCCCCA